AUGUUUUCUUUUUCUUAUAUUUCUCUUUUUCUUUUUUGUUCUCUUUCUUUUUCUUAUAUUCUCUUUUCUUUUAUUUUUCUCUCUCCUCCAAUAUUUUUCUUUUCUUAUAUUCUUUUUCUUUUUGUUCUCUGUUUCUUUUUCUUAUUUCUCUCUUUAACAUUCCUCUCUCCUCAAUUCUUCCCUCUUUUCUUUUAUUCUCUGUUCUUUUUUAUUUUCUCUCUCCUCAAUUUUCUUUCUUAUAUUCUUUCUUUUUCUUCUCUCCCUUCUCUCUUUCUUUUCUCUUUUCUUUCUCCUCUCUCUUUUUUUUUUUUUCUGUUGCUUUUUUCUUUCUUCCAUGUUUUUCUUUUCUUUAUUCCUUUUUUUCUCUCUCCUCCCAUUCUUUCUUUUUUUCUCUCUCUGUUCUCUUUAUUUUGUUCUCUCUCCUCUCUCUUUAUUCUUUUCUUAUAUUCUCUUUUCUUUUAUUUUCUCUCUCCUCAUGUUACCUUCUUUUCUUAUAUUCUCUUUUCUUUUUCAUUUUCUCUCUCCUCAAUUUUUUUCUUUUCUUAUUUCUCUUUUCUUUUAUUGUUCUCUCUCCUCUCUAAUUUAAUCUUUCUUAAUUCUCUUUUCUUUUCUCUCUCCUCAAUGUUUUCUUUUCUUUUUUUCUUUCUCUCUUUAUUUUUCUUCUUUUUCUUUUUCUUGCUCUCUUUUCUUUUUUUUUAA